GUAUGUAUGCUUGGAUAUAACACUACGAGGAUGGUGGAAGAAAGUACGAUCAAGUACGAUUCUGAAGAUGUGCGAAGAAGAGAAUAUGUGUUUGCUAUUUCGGAAAUGUUGAACUACUAACUAAAAUUUGAUAAGAAAUCAGUGGGCUGUUAAAUUUUCUAUAAACGUGCGGUGGCAUCGGAAUUUGAUACGUCCGCAUGCGUAUUAAUUACUUCUUUUCAUAAACUCGAUCGAAAUACACAUUAUCCGACAGGAGAGCACUCUUUGGGCUCCAGAGGAAAGAAAAGUUGUUGUAAUGGCUGCCGUGUCAUGAAAUGAAGGUACCGAGCCAGUUUUGUGGUUCCACGAUGGAGGAGAACUCCAGUUCUGCAUCUCAAAAUCAUAAUGGACAAUUAUCUAGUGGUACAAAUGUUCCACUGACAAACAAUAAACAUCAAGGGAAUGACAAUGGUACUAAUGGCGAUGCCAAGAAUGAGAGGCCACAAUACUCUAUGCCUGGUAUUCUACAUUUUAUUGAGCAUGAAUGGACUCGCUUUGAGCUUGAAAGAUCGCAGUGGGAGCUUGACAAAGCAGAAUUUCAGGCUAGGAUAGCUUUUUUACAAGGUGAAAGAAAAGGUCAGGAACGGUUAAAAAAUGAUUUAGUAAGAAGAAUAAAAAUGUUAGAAUAUGCACUUAAACAAGAACGGGCAAGGUAUCAUAAACUAAAAUAUGGUACUGAUUUGGUAAUUCAAGGAGACACAAAACCUCCUGUUUAUGAAGAAGGCAUCUGUGCCUGUCCUAAUUCUGAUGUUGGAGGUGGUGGUGAUGGAGAAGCUCCAUUCACAUCUGUCAGUAACAUUAGUUGGAGACAAGGCCGCCAAAUUUUGAGACAAUACUUACAAGAAAUUGGUUACACUGAUACAAUAAUAGAUGUACGAUCAAGCAGAGUAAGAUCUUUACUUGGUUUAAGUAGUAACGCAGAUUCAGAAGAUGUGAACACUCCUGCCUCAAACGGCAAUGGAGUGGUGAACAAACAAUCAUAUGAUAACAGCCUUCGUAGAAAAAAGGUAGAGCAGCCAUCUUCUAUAGCAGAAGCAAUAGUAUUAGAUACAGAAGCUGCUGUCAUGGCUAACUUCGAGUUUCUAUCUAAUACAGAUAUGGAUAUGGAAGAAGAAGAAGGAGACGUGGAGGAUGAUACAUACGAAACUAAUAUGGAUCCUAAACCAAAUAAACCAUCUAUGCUUUUAACGGAAGACGUUGAUGCGCAAGCUGAAGAGGUAUUAAAUGAAUUGAAUCUUCUCACAGAAAUCGAAGAAUCACCACCAGGUUCUAUUCAUUUAGAGAUAGAUUCAACCGAAUGGAACGCAAUACAUAGAGGUCUACAUACAGAUCCAAAGCGUUUAAACAAGGAAGGUGAUUCUACAUUGGAAUUGGGCGAAUUAGAACAGUUGUGUGUAAACAAUGAAGCUGAGACGUCAUAUGAUAUGGCGACGACUACAAAAGAGAGCUUAAGAAAAACAUGGAAUGCAAAGUAUACGUUACGAUCACAUUUUGAUGCAGUUCGAGCUCUUGUCUUCCAUCCCACUGAUCCCGUUCUUAUAACUGCAAGCGAUGACCAUACACUCAAACUAUGGAAUCUUCAUAAAACUUUGCCGGCAAAGAAGUCAGCUUCAUUAGAUGUAGAGCCAUUAUACACGUUCAGAUCACAUACAGGUCCUGUAUUAUGUUUAGCCAUGUGUAGCACAGGCAGUCAGUGUUACAGUGGUGGUUUAGAUGGUAUGAUUCACUGUUGGACACUUCCAUCAGCCAAUAUAGAUCCAUACGAUUCUUAUGAGCCAAGUGUCCUUAGCCAAACAUUAAAAGGACAUACAGAUGCAGUUUGGGGUUUGAGCAUGUAUCAGCCUCGAUCGCAACUAUUAUCAAUAAGUGCUGAUGGAACUGUUAAAUUAUGGAGCCCGCAAAGCAAAUCUCCAUUACUUCAUACAUAUAUCUCCGAACAAGAUGGCAUACCGACAUCAGUAGACUUCAUCAGAGAUGAGUCAAACAAACUAGUUGUAGCUUAUGAAAGAGCUUGCGUGGUAUUUGAUACGGAAACUGGUGAAAGCGUAGCUCGUCUUGAGGCUAAUGAAACAAAAGGAGUGAACCGUGUUGUGGCACAUCCUACAUUACCACUUGUUGUUGCAGCGCACGAAGAUCGACAUAUUCGAUUUUAUGAUCACCGAUCAGCUACCCUCGCUCAUGCCAUGGUUGCUCAUUUGGAUGCAGUUACUAGUCUUGCAGUAGAUCCUCAUGGUUUAUAUUUACUUUCAGGAAGUCAUGAUUGCAGUAUAAGAUUAUGGAAUAUGGACAACAAGACUUGUGUUCAAGAGAUAACAGCGCAUCGCAAGAAAUUUGACGAAAGUAUUUUAGAUGUAGCAUUUCAUCCUUCACGACCUUUUAUAGCAAGUGCAGGUGCUGAUGCUCUUGCCAAAGUGUAUGUGUGAAAUGUAAAUUAAGAUACACAUUUCUACUAUUAACGUACAUCAGAUGGAACAGAUUUUUUACUCAUUCUUUCUAGAUAGUUUUACCUAUACGUGUUACACUUCCAAUUUUGUUGUAACUUAUAUUGCUCUACUAUUUGAAAUACCACUUUAGAAAAUCAAAUCGGACGUAUAGAUAUUCAUGUUAUAAAACCAAAAUUUGCACAUAACCCUCGCCCGCGACAAUUUAUUAAGCAACAGAAGGUGAUUUCGAAUAUAAUAAAUGCUGCUUACUGACGAACGUUUCACACGAAGUGAGUGGCGACAUUAAUUGGGAUAGCGGAAGGGGUCUAUCUUGUAGUAUAUUAGUUGAUAUAGUUCUGAUAAUUAGACGAUGAAAUACCCCUUACCCAGAAUCCAGGAAGCACACUGCCGCAGUAGCAUAAUAUUUAUCCCUAUGUUAACUAUUUAUUACCAAUAUUACAGUUACUGUUGCACAGCUACUGGAGAUUAAUACGUGCUGCGCGAGAAUAAAAUUGUCCUACAUCAAUUAGUCUCCCAUUAUAUGAUUUUUAUGCUACCUUAUAUAUUCAUCAAGGUUGGCGUAUAAUAAAAACAACAAAAAAGCAACAACAACAACAACAAUAAUAAUAAUAACCGUAAUAAGUUAAUUGUAACGUAAGAGACAUAAUAAUAUUAAUAACAGUAAAUUAUAACUGUGUGUUUCUCUGUAAUAUAUUGUAUUUAAAAUAGAUGAACUGUGUAACGUACUAUAAUGAACAUGUUUUUAUUAAAAUUUAAUACAUAGAUUAACAUAGAGUUCCAUCUAUCAUAAUUGUUUCAGCAGGUGCGUGUGUGAUAGCUCACGCAUAUACAAAUUUGUAUGUAAAUGUAUGUUUCUUUGAUCGUUAUCCAUUCCUAAAGUGUGUCGUCUUAUGCGUGAUGUCUACGUUUAGUAAUAGUUUACCACUUGUAUUUCCGUAUAAAUACAUAGUAUUCGAAAGUC